AUGGGACACAGCAACGUGCCUCUCACCUACAGAUGCUCUCGUCCACAGACGGACACGAGCAGGUCCAGAGGCCUGAAGCCGUCCACGGUCAGCUGCCACGACAACCUGAACUACGCAUUAGGGGCCAUCAGGGUCCUUGGUCUGGAGCCGAUCGAGCAUGAACUGAAACCUCAUCUCAACACGGUGCUGGCCGACAUUAAGGAGGGAAAGAAGGGCGCUGCUGAGCAGGUGGUGGUCAGCGGGAUCCUGCCGAUCCUGGCUCUGUCUCUGAGGAGCCGAGGGCCGCUCACUCUGCUGACGGCAAAACUACUGGCUGAACUCGCCAAGGAAUCUGUGGUUCGUAAAGGUUUCGGCGACGCAGGCCUGGUGACGGCUCUGGUGUCGGUGUUGACCAGCACGGACCAGGAGCUGCUGCUUCACGCCGCGAGGGCCAUCUCACGCAUGUCGUACGACAGCUCGAAGCAGCAGGAGCUGUUACUGCGUCGCGGUGCGGUGCCGCGGCUCGUCGCCAUCCUGCUUCGUUUCCCGGACAACGGGCCGCUGGAGGAGGUCUGCCUCCAGGCCCUGUGCAGCGUCAGCGGCAUGGGGGUGUCGGAGGGGGCCGGGAUGGUCUGGGAGAGGGGAGCGUCUGUGAGGACGGACGAGUCGGUGUUCCACGGCGUCUCGCCUCACACGUGUGGUUUUGCUUCUUCUGUGACUCUGGUGCGAGUGUCUCGAUGGGCGCCGGGUCAACACGCGGUCAACAUCGAGGUCUUCCAGCGCUGCUCCUCCUCUUUCUGGAGCCUUCACGGGAACCAGCGGACUGCUCACUGGUUCCCUCUCUCCAGUUGGGAGAGUUUUUCAAAUCUGUACAAGAUGAUCAAGUUCCCAGGGAGGAAUGUUCCUUGGAUAAAAAGUCUGAAAACUCGCAUGUUCCAAACUUUUCUCUGA